AUAAGUCCAGCUUUGCCCUGUGCCAGUCACUCCGCGUCGACGUUGACCGGGUGCUGGCCACUUACUGGCGCGGCCGCGAAGGUUACAGCAUCUCCGCCAAGGAGCAGCGGCGGCUGGAUCGCGGCGCCAGGGGCUCGAAGCCCUCCACGUAUGGCGAGCUGACUGCAGAGGGUGUGAGGCUUCUGGCCGAGCGUUGGGGGCUGGACGACACGGAAGGGGCGCCUGGCAUCUUUGCAGACCUUGGCUGCGGGGUUGGGAAGAUGGUGGUGCAGGUCUACCUGGAGUGCCCUGGAGUGGGCCGUGCCCUGGGCGUGGAGCUGUCGGCCACGCGCUGCCGGAGAGCGCGGGAGGCCUGGGAGGCGCUGCUCCUCAGUGACGAGGCGUUCGAGCUCCGCCAGCGGCUGCUGAAGUCAUCGGGGUGCCAGGAGGAGGCAAGCCCUCAGGACGAGGUGGAGUUCAUUCAAGGCAAUCUGUUGGAGGCAGACAUCAGCGAUGUCACGCACAUCUACCUCUCUUCGCUCUGCUUCGACGAAGCCACUCUUUUCGCAUCUGCCCAGAAGGUGCAGCAGGAGGGGCGACAGCUCCGAGGCGUCGCCUCGUUGCAGCCCUUGCCUUUGCUAAGAGAAGUCGGGGAGUUGCUGCUGCCCAUGUCCUGGACAUCUCGAGGUGGCGAGGACAUGUGGGUCGGAGUUCGGGUUUCUGAUGCAGCAAGACGGCAGGUUUGGGCACCAUGUCCUACCUCUACGAGACCUAGCGGCAAAGCUCCAAAACGAAGAGGGGUCCGGGUCCCGCAUCAAUGCCACAGUGUUUUGUGA